AUGGGCUCCACGGAAUCUUCACACACCACUGACCGCCGUUUCGGCACUUUGGCCGUUCACGCCGGUGCGCCUCACGAUCCCGUGACCGGCGCUGUCAUUGCUCCGAUCUCGCUCUCCACCACCUAUGCUCAGACCAGCGUUGGAAACCCCGUGGGUCUGUACGAGUACACUCGUAGCUCCAACCCCAACCGCGAUAACUUCGAGCAAGCCAUUGCAGCCCUCGAGCAUGCCAAGUACGCUCUUGCUUUCUCUUCCGGCUCUGCCGCAACAGCAAACAUCCUUCAGUCGCUGGCUGCCGGCUCUCACGUCGUUUCGGUCUCCGAUGUGUACGGUGGCACCCACCGCUACUUCACCAAGGUUGCUUCGGCCCACGGUGUCGAAGUGACCUUCACCCCGUCCAUUGAGCAGGAUGUGGAGAAGUUGAUUCGCCCUUCCACCAAGCUCAUCUGGAUUGAGACCCCCUCCAACCCCACCCUUGGUCUGGUUGACAUCCGCGCCAUUGCCGACAUUGCCCACCAGCACGGUAUCACGGUUGUUGUCGACAACACCUUCAUGAGCCCCUACGUCCAGAACCCCCUGGACCACGGUGCUGAUCUUGUCGUCCACUCCGUGACUAAGUACAUCAACGGUCACUCCGAUGUCUGCAUGGGUGUUGCCGCUUUCAGCUCCGAGGCCCUGAAGGAGCGCCUGACCUUCCUCCAGAACGCCAUCGGAGCCGUUCCCUCUCCCUUUGACUGCUGGCUCGCCCACCGUGGUCUUAAGACCCUGCACCUGCGUGCCCGCGAGGCCUCCAAGAACGCCACCGUGAUCGCCAAGGCUCUCGAGGCUUCUCCCAACGUUAUCUCCGUCAACUACCCCGGAAUCGACUCUCACCCUCAGCGCGCCAUUGCCGUCAAGCAGCACCGUGAUGGCAUGGGCGGUGGCAUGCUCAGCUUCCGUAUCAAGGGUGGCCAGAAGGCUGCUCACCUGUUCUGUCAAUACACUAAGAUCUUCACUCUGGCCGAGAGUCUGGGUGGUGUCGAGAGCUUGUGCGAGGUUCCCUCAAGCAUGACCCACGCGGGUAUUCCCAAGGACCAGCGUGAGUCUGCUGGUGUUUACGACGAUCUUGUUCGCAUGAGCUGUGGUGUUGAGGAUUCUGAGGAUCUGCACGCUGAUGUGCUGCAGGCCCUGGAGGCCGCCAUUGCUGCUUCACAGAAGCUCAACGGUAGCUCCUAA